GGACAUGGACGAUAACCUGUUCCAGUUGAAGUUCACAGCAAAGCAGCUAGAGAAACUGGCCAAGAAGGCAGAAAAGGAGUCCAAGGCUGAACAAGCCAAAGUGAAGAAGGCUCUUCAGCAGAAGAAUGUGGAGUGUGCACGUGUUUAUGCUGAGAAUGCCAUCCGCAAGAAGAAUGAGGGGGUGAACUGCCUGCGCAUGGCCUCCCGCGUGGAUGCCGUGGCCUCCAAGGUCCAGACUGCCGUGACCAUGAAGGGGGUGACUAAGAAUAUGGCCCAGGUCACCAAGGCCCUGGACAAGGCGCUGAGUGCCAUGGACCUGCAGAAGGUGUCUGCAGUCAUGGACAAGUUUGAACAGCAGGUCCAGAACUUGGAUGUGCACACCUCGGUGAUGGAAGAUUCCAUGAGCUCCGCCACCACACUCACCACACCACAGGAGCAGGUGGACAGCCUCAUCAUGCAGAUCGCAGAAGAGAACGGCCUGGAAGUCCUGGACCAGCUGAGCCAGCUCCCUGAGGGGGCCUCUGCUGUGGGCGAGAGCUCGGUGCGCAGCCAGGAAGACCAGCUGUCGCGGAGGUUGGCAGCCUUGAGGAAUUAGCAGAGUCUGGCCG